AAGAUGGAUUCACAAGAAAUGUCCCUAUCCCCAGUUCGACUUGGAAGGCUAUAUGUGGGGUGUGUCUGCGUCCUGAUAUAUAUCUGGAUUAUAGAUAUAAUUGAAAGCUUGUAUUAGGCCCAUUUGGAUUGAUUUGAACCUUUUAUGUUACUGUCAGUUGUUCUCGGAUUAAUCCCAAACCUACGAAAACCAAAUCCAAUCAAAAUCUUCCUAUAGGCGAUAAACGGAGGCAAGCUUGAGUAUAGGCUACUUGCAACAUGUGCACGUAGCUACAAUAUCAACUUACCAUGUUUGACUUAAAUAUAAAAGAGUGUAAAUCCAGUAAAGGUCUAUGAACAUAUCUGAAAUGGUCUAGUCAAUAGAGGCUAAUUGAAAGAGGGAUGCCAUAUCUUGAGUUGCCUGUGAGAUACAGAAGGAAAAAGUACGAUACAAGUAAAAUAAUGUUAUCAAUCGAAAAAUCAAGCCAUUGAGGUCUGUAGGUCUGUGUCCCCAGUCAGCGGUGGUUCUAGACCAUUUCAGUGGGUCAGGCUUGGUUCCGUCUCCUAUUUUAAGGACCAAAGUAUCAUUCAACGUCCGUGGUUCCAUUAGAACUAUCUCUGUCCUAGAAGAGGUGUAGCUUUUUCAUCCAUCGGUUUUUACAGGUUUGAAUAGAGCAUCACUUACCACCGCAGGGGGUGCACCCUUAAGCAAAGAACAUUGCCAUUAUUGACUUGACUCUGCAAAAAAACUGCAAAUGUUCCCAUGACGCACAAGUGUUAUCAUGUAGGCCAUGGAUUAUGGAGAACCCUUUGUUAGAUUGAGGCAAAUAAAUUGGGUUUAAAUCAAAUGCUUGGCGUACUACGUUGACCUUGGUCUAAUAACCCCACUUUGCCUGUCAACCUCCUGGGCAGAUCUAGUUUGCUCAACCGUGCAAGGCCUAUUGACAAAGUUGUUUGUUUCCCUGACCCAACUAUAUACCAUUAAUAGAGGAUUACAAUGUGUUAUUCUUUUAUAAACAAUUGAACUGUUGCGGUUGCGACGGGUUAUGAUGACACCAUGAAUCAUCAUUCAGAGAGCGGAGAGAUGCUUGGGUCCCGGGGGCGAAGCAGCACGAAGGUGAAGUGUUGAGUUUCAGGAGUGGGAGGAAGUGUUGUAAUUAAAGCAGAGUUCAGCCAUCAGUCAAAGAGGUGUAGCGGGCCGGGCUCCAGAGGAACGACUCGCCUCUGCUCUCAAGUGGCGGUGACACAGUGCGGCGGGCCGGGCUCCAGAGUAACGACGCGCCUCUGCCCUCCAGUGUUGGUGACACAGUGCGCCGUGCAACGGGCUGACCUCCAGCGAGGAACUACGCGAAUCUGCUCUCCAGUGGUGGUGACACGGUGCGCACGUGUUGCGUGUCUUCGGCUCGCCAGCGCGUCGUAUCCGCGUCGCGCGUCGCGUUCUCGUGUCAUCAAGGGCUAUAUCGCAGUCAGAAUGCAGACUGACACUUUAAGGACGCAGGGCAUGUUGACCGUGGACGAUUUGAAAACUCCUGCACAUUUUUACCAUAAAUCCCCUUUCAGCAUCAGCAGCCUACUGAGACGAGAGGGGGUGAUGUGUGGAGAGGGCGACGCGCUGCAAGGGGUUCCCAUUACGCACGGAGGCAGACCCUGCUCUGGAGUCCCCAUUACGCACGGAGGCAGACCCUGCUCUGGGGUCCUGGGAGUGGUUCCCAGAACUCACGGAGGCAGCCCUUGCUCUGGGGACCCGGGCACGCCGCCACUUGAUCCUCAGGACCGCACGGAACACGGCCGUGGUGGGAUGAUCUGCAACAACGCCGAGGAAGAAGGUAAAGAGGAAAAAAUUAUCGUUGUUCCAAAAGACAAACUGGGGGGAAAUGAGUGUGAAUCGAAUAAAUCAGAGGAAGAAGAAAAGGUUAAACCACAAAAGCCCCCGUUCAGCUACAACGCGCUCAUCAUGAUGGCCAUCCGCCAGAGCCCGGAGCAGCGGCUCACUCUGAACGGCAUCUACGAGUUCAUCAUGGGCCACUUCCCGUACUACCGGGAGAACCGACAGGGCUGGCAGAACUCCAUCCGGCACAACCUGAGCUUAAAUAAAUGCUUUGUGAAAGUGCCGCGCCACUACGACGACCCCGGCAAGGGCAACUACUGGAUGCUGGACCCCUCCAGCGACGACGUGUUCAUCGGGGGGACAUCUGGGAAGCUCCGGCGCCGCGCGUCAUCGGGCCCCACCAGGGGGGCCAAGCUGGCCCUCAAGAGGGCCGGCCACGGCCUGACGUCCACCACGGCGACCAGCCUCACCUUCGCCGCGGCAGGCUCCUUCUACUGGCCCCUGCAGUCGUUCCUGGCCCUCCAGCAGCCCGUGCGCCCCCCGUUCUGCACGGGGGGCCUUCUGGGGCCCCGGCACCACCACCACCACUCCGGUUACGCCACGUCAGUUCUGUCGCAGCGUACGCGCCGCCAUGUGAACGCAACGUGUAUGGGGGAGGAAUCCGCGCAUCUGCAGAGGAGCCAGGAGAGGAACCAGGAGCGGACCGAGGAGAGAUCUUACUUUGGUGUGAGUUGCGCGCAGUCGAGCCCCCAUCAGAUCAGCGCGACCGCCGCGUUCUCCGCGUCAAUGAUCCCGCUGUCUCUGUCCGACCCCGGUCCGUUUAAUGUGCUUUCCGGACAAACCAGUUACUUCUACUCGCAACAAAUGCCCUAUAGCGCAGUGUUUAACCCGUGCCAGGAGGAGCGGGCCUUCUCUAGGACUUUUCAGGGCAGCGCGCUGUGUAAGAACGGCCAGUCGGAGUGUGUGAGCGCCUAUGAGUUCCCUAGUUACUAUCCUCCACCCAAUCCGACCCCCGGGGUGUAGGAACACGUCCACUCCAUCCGACCCCCGUGGUGCAGGAAACGUUCAUUCCAUUCGACCCCCGUAGUGCAGGAAGCGUUCAUUCCAUCCGACCCCCGGGGUGGAGGAACGCUGCAUGUGAGGGCCAGGGUAUAUGGCGCUCAAAUCAUGAAAGUAUGGAGACACUUUCUAAACCACUAACUGAUCACUAAGUAGGCCUGUUCCCUGUUGACCUGUAAUAAAAGCUAAUUUUAAAUGUAAUGCCUUUUUUGACCAAAAUAAACUAGGACUUUUUUAAAUUGUAUUAAUCCUAAUAUGUAUUUUUUUGUUUAUAUUAGGCCUAUAUUAAACAGUAUGCUAUAGGAUAUUUCAUUUCGGCAGGCCUAAUAAGUCAGUUAAAUGUAUCAGGUGGCAUUACGGUUUUUACCAUGUUUGUAAUUGCAUUGAUUGCAACACAAGCCAACUUAUUUUUUUUUAACCAAAGCUUCCUGCUGUUUAAUUUAGAUUUUCUUACGAUGAUAUUUUACAUGUCUGUAGACCUAUCCCCUCUCUUAGAGAACAUGUAAAUAAAUCGUUGCGGAGGAAGGAAAUUAUUCGAUGUAUCUGCCUUGCACUGACGCAUGCAGCUGUUGUGUAGCUAUAGGUCAUUAUGAAUAACAGAAUAACAUUAAAAGUCAAAGAUCACCCUCUUUUAAACCAAUCUAUUAACUCAGACAGACUUUCAGUUUGUUAUUCGUUUGAAAUUUAUUUUUAAUAAAUUUCAAGCGAAUAUUUAGAGGCUAGAUGUAAAGUAUUUUAUUGUUAUUGGCUGUUGAUUAUUUGGGCUCGGAUAUACCCUAUACUUGAUGGAUUAGGCGAUUUCUCAACCUUCUUAGGCCACUGCAUUUUUUAAAAAAAAAUAACACCGAAUUAAGAGAAAAUUAAAUCGAAUUGCUGAAGGCAAAGUAAAGCAAAUAAUAGCCCAAAUAAUGAACCUGUAACAUGAAUCAAAUGCCUAUUCUCUCGUCUAACUGUGCUCCAAAUGUCAACAUCUAAGAGGAAACGAGUCUCUGAAGGUAUUUUGAAGACACAAAAUGGAGGUAUGGGAACAAGGAAGUCAUCUUUUGUCUGUGCUUAACCAUUUGCAGGAACAUGUAGUGAUCUAAUGUGAGUCAGGGAUCAUCCACAGUUCACAUUCCACUCAUCAGUGCAACAACAUCAAUGCAGACUGAGAUGCCGCAUUAUAACAAUGAUACAGAACGUUUGUCUGCCUGAUGGUGUCAUAUGUGUCAAUAAAAUCAGACGUGUGGUUAGAGAACAGAUUAUCAGUCUGUGUUUGUCUGUGUAACACAGAUUACAUUUUUCUCUGUUUUUGUCGGUGGAAGGGGCGCCUCUUUUAAACAAAAGAGUCUUUCAUCAAAAGGUUUCAGUCUGUCAGCCAUCAACGUCUUCUAGCUCACUCACAUUCAGUCGCCUGUGGUUAAACAAGACGGCAGGCAUCGGGUAACCAGUGGCAGCGUGUGUUGGCAAACUCAAGGUCUAGAUAGAUAGAAAGAUAGAGCAUUUUUUCCCCUGCAUGAGUAAUUGUGGCUGUACCACUUGGAGUUCAGGCGAACCGAGUUGUGAAUCAACAGGUCUGGAUCAAGUUUUGUGUCCUGGGUUGGUGUAAUGGGAUACUGUUGUUGGCAUAAUAAAUAACUUUCUUGAUUUGACAUGGACUAAUAUCCUCACAGCCCUGGAGCCUCCCCAGUCCAGCAGAACGGGUAUUAGAAGAGUGGGGCGUAUAGCGACAUCUGGACAUGCAACACAGGGAUCCUUGACUUGAAAUGGGGUGAUAGGCUACAGUCGGGAAACCGAUGAAUACUUAUUUCUUCAAUGUACUGUAAACAUUUAUCAUGGCUUAAUAGGCCUAUUAUAUUGUACUAAAUUAUUUGUGUUGUUCUGUUAUGCAUGUUAUAGGCCCAUGUGUAUAUUAGAAAAUUUCCUCUGUGUGCAUCAUUUUUUCUUAUUUUUUUCAAAUAAAAAACGAUCCUGUAA